GAGGUGUUUUCUAGUGCAAGAUGGCGUCCGCUGGAGUUGGGGUCUCAGCGCCUGAGGAUGGAGGCGAAGGGGAGGCCACCCCACCCGCUGUUCCGGAGCCGAUGGCUGGGGAACCUGCGGGGCCAACUGAACAGGGAACAGGGGACUCGGAGACCGGGGGUGAUGCAUCUCUAGCUGAUGUCACUGCUACCCUGGAAACAGAAUCAUCCAGUGGAAAGGAUGCCUUGGAAGGUGUGGGCGAUGGUUCAGAAGUCAUGGAUAAUCAAGCUAGUUCUGUGGACGAGGAUAAUGGAAGACAACUUGGAGAGAUUGAACUGCAGUGUGGAAUUUGCACCAAGUGGUUCACUGCAGAAACAUUUGGCAUUGAUACCACAUCCUGCCUUCCUUUUAUGACGAACUACAGUUUCCAUUGCAACAUUUGCCAUCACAGUGGGAACACAUACUUCUUAAGAAAACAAGCAAAUUUGAAAGAAAUGUGUCUUAGUGCCUUGGCGAAUCUGACUUGGCAAUCAAGGACGCAAGACGAACAUCCCAAAACCAUGUUCUCAAAAGACAAGGAUAUUAUACCCUUUAUUGAUAAGUACUGGGAAUGUAUGACAACACGGCAAAGACCAGGAAAAAUGACUUGGCCAAACAAUAUUGUUAAAACUAUGUGUAAAGAAAGAGAUGUGUUUUUGGUGAAAGAGCAUCCAGAUCCAGGUAGCAAAGAUCCAGAAGAAGAUUACCCCAAAUUUGGACUCUUAGACCAGGACCUUGCUAAUAUUGGUCCUGCAUAUGAUAACCAAAAACAGAGUAAUACUGUAUCUACUAGUGGAAAUCUAAAUGGUGGAGCCUCUUUGGGAGGGAGUCUUGUGCCAGGAACUAGUGGGAAAGGAAGAGGGGCCAAACGUAAGCAGCAAGAAGGAGGAACUACAGGAACAGCCAAGAAAACUAGGAGUGAUCCUUUGUUCUCCGCUCAGCGUCUUCCACCGCAUGGCUAUCCAUUGGAGCACCCUUUUAAUAAGGAUGGGUAUCGUUACAUUUUGGCAGAACCAGACCCCCAUGCUCCUGACCCAGAGAAGUUGGAGCUAGACUGCUGGGCAGGAAAGCCUAUCCCUGGAGAUCUCUACAGAGCCUGCCUCUAUGAACGGGUCCUUCUAGCUCUGCAUGACCGAGCUCCUCAGUUGAAGAUCUCAGAUGACAGGCUGACAGUCAUUGGAGAAAAAGGGUACUCGAUGGUACGAGCCUCACAUGGGGUGCGAAAGGGGGCCUGGUAUUUUGAAAUAUCCGUGGAUGAGAUGCCACCCGAAACAGCUGCCAGACUUGGGUGGUCUCAGCCUUUAGGAAACCUUCAAGCACCUCUUGGUUAUGACAAAUUCAGUUAUUCCUGGCGCAGCAAGAAAGGGACAAAGUUCCACCAGUCCAUCGGUAAACACUAUUCGUCAGGUUAUGGCCAGGGGGACGUGCUUGGCUUUUAUAUCAGCCUUCCUGAAGACACAGAAACAGCUAAAUCCCUGCCAGAUACUUACAAAGACAAGGCUUUGAUCAAGUUCAAAAGCUACUUGUACUUUGAAGAGAAGGACUUUGUGGACAAAGCUGAGAAAAGUUUAAAGCAAGCUCUGGGAAGCCAAAUAAUCUUCUAUAAGAAUGGUACCAGUCAAGGAGUUGCAUACAGAGAUAUUUUUGAAGGUGUUUAUUUCCCUGCAGUAUCUCUGUACAAAGGCUGCACGGUUUCUAUUAACUUCGGGCCCUAUUUCAAAUACCCGCCAAGAGAUAUUAGUUAUCGCCCGGUCAGUGACAUGGGCUGGGUGGCUGUAGUAGAGCACACACUGGCAGACGUCCUGUAUCACGUAGAAACAGAAGUUGACGGAAGGCGCAGUCCACCUUGGGAGCCUUAAAAGAUGCGAUGUAUUUAUUUUUUAUUUUUUACAAAAA